AUGCAAUACGAAACAUUUGCCAUCCUUGGAGCGACAGGCCAGCAGGGAGGUGCCGUCGUGAGGCAUCUUGCCAAAACCUAUCCUGAUGCUAAAAUCCGCGCCAUUACAAGGUCUCCAGAGAAGGAAAAUGCAAAGGCGCUCUUAUCACUAGGUCCCAAUGUAUCCUUGGUUCAGGCAAGCUUUGCAGACAGGCAGAGUCUGGAAGAAGCGUUUUCAGGAGCAGAAGUAAUCUUCUUAGUUACGGACUAUUGGAAUACUCAGACCAAUGCCGUUGCGGCCAACCUCAAUACAGAAAUCACAGAUGGAAUGACGGCUAUCGAGGUUGCUGCUCAUACAAAAAGCUUGAAGCACUUUGUCUUUGGAACUCUGCUGGACUUUGCACCUCUAUCCAACAUGAAAUGGAGAAACAUGUAUCAUUUCAACACUAAAGCGGUUCUUAAUCAUUACAUCAGAGCCAAGCCGGAUCUGUGGGCAAAGACAACCCUGAUAUUCUCUCCCAUAUAUUAUGAGAACUAUCUUACUUUUGACCAAAAGUUUUACCCAAUGCUUGGGGGCCCAAGGAAGGUUGGCGAUGAAUAUGUUGCAUGGUACCCCGACGGUGGUACCUCGAAUCUGUCAUAUUUGAGCAUCGAAGAUUUGGGCAAAGUGUUUGGGGCAGUUAUGGAAAAGCCGCAAAGCUACUUUCAAAAGAUGGCUAUAAUUGUUGGCGAAUUCUUUUCCGCCCAAGAUCUAAUUGGGCAAUGGGCAGAUGUUGUUGGUGUCAAGGCCAAGAUUGAAACACUCUCGUCAAAAGAAUUCAUCGACAGAGUUGGCCAACUUGGAGGGCCUGAAUUCAUGGCUCUGGAGAUUUACGAACAGAUGAGAUGUCUGGAAGAACUGGGCGAUCUGAGAACAAUCCAAACGGAGAUAUCAAUAGUCGAUAUGAGCAAGGUAGGGUUCUAA